AUGAAGAAGAGGUCAAAGGAAGAUAAUUCUGUAAAUGGCUCAUUAAAUAUUCAGAGCCAUCUUUGGAGUGAACUGCAGCUGCUGAUCUCAAAUCCCAGUCAGCUGAUCCCAAAUCCCAGUCAGCUGAUCCCAAAUCCCAGUCAGCUGAUCCCAAAUCCCCGUCAGCUGAUCCCAAAUCCCAGUCAGCUGAUCCCAAAUCCCCGUCAGCUGAUCCUAAAUCCCAGUCAGCUGAUUCGUAAUCCUAGUCAGCGACCCCAAAUCCCGUCAAUGAUCCCAAAUCCCAGUCAGCUGACCCAAAAUCCCACUGCCCCAAAUCCCGUAGUGUCCCAAAUCCCCGUAGCUGACCCCAAAUCCCCGCAGCUGUCCCAAAUCCCAGUCACUGACCCCCAAAUCCGUAGUGAUCAAAAAAUCCCGUCAGCUGAUCUAAAUCCCACAGCUGACCCCAAACCCCCGUCGUUUAUCAAAAAUCCCACUGAUCUAAACCCCCGAAUUGAUCCCAAAUCCAGUCAGGCUCCCAAAUCCCGCAGUGACCCAAAUCCCGCAGUGAUCCCAAACCCCGUAGCGAUCCCAAAUCCAGUCAGUGACCCCCAAACCCCAGUAGCUGAUCAUAAAUCCCCGUCAGUGUCAAAACCCCAGACCCCAAAACCCCGUCAGCUGACCCAAACCCCCGUCAGGACCCAAAUCCCCGUCAGCGACCCCAAAACCCCCGUCAGUGUUUCAACCCGGUGCGGCUUUUUUG